CUGGAAGUGACGUCCGCGGGGAGGGACGCGCGGCGAGCGGAAGUGCCCGUCGGCUUCGGCGGCGGCAGAUUCGGUCUGCGCCCGCCGCACAGCCGGGGAACGGCGGAGCUCCGCCGCGCAGCCAGGGAGCGGCCGCGGGGCCUGGAGCGCUGCCAGAGAGCGGCCGCGGGGCUCCCGCCGCGCGGAUGCACUUUUUAAUGUUUAUUUAAUAACCUGAAAGAAGAAUAGCAUUUGGAAUAAUGGCAACAGGAGACCUAAAUGGAAGUUUAAGAAAAAUAGAACAAGGACUUCGCUUGUUAAAUUAUCCAAGAGAUGUGGAUUAUACAGUGUUAGUAAAAGGGGAUCCAGCUGCAUUUUUACCUAUCAUCAGCUAUUGUUUUACAUCUUUUUCAACUUGCAUAGCAGAGCUUUUGGUAAAGUGUGAUGUGGAACUGACAGCCAAGAGCGACUUGCGUUUUAUUGAAGCUGUUUAUAAGUUUCUUCGGGAUCAAUUUCAGUAUAAACCAAUUUUAACAAAAGAGCAGUUUCUUCAAGUUGGCUUUGCAGAAAGAAAAAUGCAAAUUGUUUGUGACAUUAUCAACUGUGUGGUGAAGAAACAUAAGGAGCUGAGUAACUCUAGUAAGGUUAAAUCCCAAACGAAAAAAAAAAUCAGACCUCUUAAAUCUGAAGUAUGGUCAAAUUGUGGUAAAGGUCUUGCUGAUCCAAGUCGCAGUGCUCUGAAUCCCAAACAGCAUACUCAAAAGAAGCCUCUAGUUGAACGACACUCAGGAAAUGAAGUUAGUGGUGAUCUUUGUCCACUACCCCUUCCAGCACAGGGAGGGACUGAGGAAGAAUUGUGCCCAGAUUAUGAUAUUGUGGAAGUUAACUGUGAACAAGUCAUAGAAGAAAAUUCACAAAUUGAGUUUUUAAAGAGUCAGCUUGCAGAUUUCCAAGAAAAGCUUCGUAAGCUAGAUUGGAUGGAAGAUAAGCUACAAGUUUUAGAAGAGAAACUGCAAGGAAAGGUGAUCGUAGAUGAGAAGGACUGGAAUAACUUACUGAAUCGAGUUUUGCUUCUUGAAACAGAACUGUUGUUACAAUCCAGAAAGAGAGACUUUCUUAAAGACUUCAGCAAUAUAAAUCAAAAAAGAACUUCUAGUAGCAUUCCAGUUUCCCUUGAUACAGAGAGGAAUGAGGAGAUGCCAGGGAGUCAUCUUCAGUCGUCUGGAUGCGGUUCACUGUUAUCCACAGACCAGUCUCCCAAAGACGUGACCAUUAAUUCUCAUGAUCUGACAGACAUUUCAAAGGAGACAAUAAGACAAAGAAUGGAAAAGAUAAGUAAAAUAAUGGAAGAAACCUUCAAAUUGUUCAAAACACCAAGCCCACCUCUGGGAAUACCUGCAAGCACAAGUCUUCAGACCUUGUCUCUGCAGCCUUGUGGAUACCAGAAAUAAUCUGUAUGUUUGUACAGCGUUAAAGUUUUAAUAUAUCAAAUUUGUAAUGAUCACUAGUGCUUUUAUUGCUUUGAAUAAAUAUUUUACUCAUGCAUCUGUGUAUUGAUUUCCCUCCCCACGACCACAAUUUUUGAUUUUAAAGACUAUUCAAAUAGCUUCUUCCCCCCUCCUUGCACUUUUGUAAAUUGAAGUCAUUACAGCAGUGUAUUCUUGUGUUGACAUUUGUUAGCAGUGUGCUAAGUAAUAUGUUUUUUAAAGUGUGUGGGCUUGAGGACUGUGGUUUACAUCCUGUUGGAAAUAUUCCAGCUGGAACUUGCAUAUUACACCCAAGAGGCAUUCUUACAUACCAUCCUACCAUCUGUACUCUUGAAUAAGUCUUAAUAAAAAACUUACAUACACAGUUUCAAAUAUGUACCUUUUUUGCUGUUUUUUUUUAAAUUUUAUUUUUAAAUGUAAGUUUUCAUGCUAAGCUGGAGAGCACCAACACUUAAUGGCUUCCAUUAACACUGACAAAGUGGGGGUCAGUUUGAUCCUAAACACAAAAAUGUGCAAGUAAGUCCACAGACUUUGACUGCAAGAGAUGUGUUGAGUGUUUUAGUGCUCUUACCCAACACAUUUUAAGACCAGCAGCACAGAUGGAGACCAGUCUGUAUACAAAGAAACACAUUUUCAUUAUUUGAAGCCAUAUUAAGAUUUCUGUUUAGAGACAUAAGUAGAUGUAAGACUUGCAUAAACAUAUGAUCAAACCAAAGAUGUGUGAGGCUUGAUUAGAUUUAUUUAAUUGUUUAUUGCUUUUUGUAAACUGGUAGCCUAUCAUAUCGAGGCUCCUUUGUGUUUUAAUACUUCAGUUUAAAAGAUUUUUGGAGUUUAAUAUUACAGACCAGUCGUAAUAUUUGGGGGGCAGAGUUUGCAGAUGAAGGCAAAAGCAGCUAUUUAACAUGCUGUAAAAAGUGAUAUCUAUGGUUUAAAAAUAAUUACGAUUUUUUUCUAUAACCAUAUGGAAUAUAAAUGGACUUUAUUUUACACAGAAACACAAGAGUUUAUGGCAAUCUGUGAUGUUAUAUUAACUAAUUCUGGAUUUUUUAGACUUUUGUGACUUCUGUGAUUUUUCAGUUGUUUAAAAAUAAAAGAACCUAUAAAGAUUGGAUCGUA